AGGCUUUGCAUGCAUCUGCAUCACUCGUUCUCUCAUAAUACUUUAAUUCCGUCGUGUUAUCGUUGACAUUGCGAGAUCAAAUACCAAGCGAUUAAAGAUAACUCCGUGAGCUGAGGCCGAUCGGAUCGACAGGCAAGCGAGUCUUCCCUUCCCUUCCACAGGACUUGAUGAGCAGCAACAGCAAUGGCACCAGCUUCGACCCUUACAAUGGCAGACCACCGGAGCGCAUGAGCGGGCUCGCCUAUGGCCUCGGCAUAUCCGCCGGCAUCCUUCUCCUCAUAACCACCAUAACAUUCAUGUCCUACUUCUGCACACGGACCACGACCACCGCUGCCGCCACCGCGGCGCGGCCCCGUCGGCCGCCCGACGACGUGGUGGGGCCGGACAUGGACGUGGAGGCAGGCCUCGACGAGGCCACGCUGAUGAGCUACCCGAAGAUCCUCUACUCGCAGGCCAAGCUCGAGGAGCGGAGCACGACGGCGACUUGCUGUUCCAUAUGCCUCGCCGACUACAAGGACACGGACGUGCUGCGGCUGUUGCCGGAGUGCGGCCACCUCUUCCAUCUCGACUGCGUGGAUCCAUGGCUGAGGUCGCGCCCGACGUGCCCCGUCUGCCGCUCCUCGCCGAUUCCCAGUCCCUUGUCGACUCCUCUCGCGGAAGUCGUGCCACUGGCACUAGCACGCCAGCCAUAGCCGAUGUCUCAAGAACACUACUCGUUGACGUAGGAAUCUUCUCCAUGUAAUAUUCAUCUGUGUGCAGAUCUCGGCAAUGGGUCUAUGCCUUUGUGAACAAUGCUGGCGUUGACUUUGAUCGUAGCAGGUAAAGCAACAAAGACGAGAUCAAACAAGCCAUCCCCAAAGUGAUGAUCGGAGGAGCUGCUGUUGAAUCAACCCUAAGUGAAGCAUUACAGGAAGUGAGCCUCACCUUAUCAUCUUCAUCAUAGUUCUACCUGUCAACUGUUACAGGGAUGUGUAAGCUGAGAGAAUUGUUCUUGUCGAUCUAGUGAUUGCUAUCGAAGUGGGUGUCUUGGAGUCCUCGGCAUCAGCAUUUGAAGGUGUGGUUUGCAAGUUAGUGGCAGUCAGGAGAAUGCAGAGGUCCUCUGUUGGCUCUCCAAGAACAGCAUUCAUUAUCCAUGUCUUCAAUAGAACAAGCAGAAUAGCA